AUGGUACUCUUCCGUCAAGCCGUCCACCAGAGCCUCGACACGACAAUCAGCCACAGCCGAGACACGAUUGUGGAAGCGAUUCCUAGCAUCAUGAAGUCCAUCUUUGGACCGCCAACGUUGCCAAAAGUCGCUGUGGUGGGGGUGUCGUUGGCGGUACAAAGAACGCUCAGUCGUCCGUACCUGACCUGCAAUUUCUUCGUCUCUCUCCAUCCAGCGCCACAUAAUGUCUUGGGCUCCGCCUUGGUGGUCGCUAAACAGUCGGUCAGGGAACUCCCUACCCGCGCCCCAGCCGUCUUCUCAACCCAGCCGAGUGGCGCGAAACCGGUCUUGCCACUGCGUCCUUGGGCUGGGGCCAUUGGUACUGGCCAGGGGUGUUGCGGGCCAAUGUGUGGGCAGCACUGGCACGCCUGGGAAGUGGGCGUGGCUGCUGCGGGUGGGCGUCCAAGGGGCGCCGUCCGGCAUGGGCUACCCGUUUGGACGGUGAAGAGGGAGCACCAGGCUAGGCCAGGGCCGGCUUCUCCAACGUCGCUGACAGCCCAGAGAACCCUGGCAAGCCUGGCAGACCCCGCGAAGCUUGAGCGAAACGGGUCUCACUUGACAUUUUUGAUGUCCUCCCCGGCUCAGCCAGACACUUGGAAUGAAGUCACCACCAGCCUAGAGAACGUGAAGGAACGCUCACCGACCUCCAACUCGACAAGCUGGGGGAGGAUGAUGACCCUGGAGCUACCUGGUCGCGUACCCGCUCACAGGGCAUACGGGCCUAGGAAUCCCAGUAUCUCAAGGGCCAACUCGAGCCUUGCGGGUAUGCUGCAACAUUUGGCAACGUCUAAACAUUCUUUCAACGUCAAUCUCCACUCUACACAGUAUGUCGACGGUGACAUGUCGGGCAGCGGACUUCUGUCCCUCAUCGUCUCGGGAAUUGCAAUUUCCUUGCUCAUCAUACCACGGCAACGCCGUCACAAGAAACAUUGCAGGAAGAGCGAUGCCAUCAAAGAUCCACAGAAGCGCAACAAUGCUCAGGGCCCGGCGGCCCCUCCAAUCACGCCAGAGGCACUGCACCCCCUUGGACGCGGCACACAAAAGCUGUCAACGGCCACAACGUUUUUCUGCAACGCCAUUCCUGCCACGUUAGUUGCCAGCCCAGCGGGAGUUCCACCAGUCAACGCCACAAAACGGCGGCCAGCCCGGCUAGCAACUAUUGCCUCUUCCGGUAUCGUCACGCUUCGGCUCAACGGUGCGGAGCAGCUCGUGGCGAUGCUGUCGGCCAGCUCGACCUCUCCAUAUCGUCUCCAACUCACUGGACAGGAUUUGUGCCGCUUGACGCGUGUGCCAGGAUAUGAUGGGGCCCUAAGUGGAGCCUUUUAUCGGCAAAGGAAGACCGGGCUUUUCAUGGUCCUUCUAAAUCUCAUUUCGUCCCAGUGGACCUUCUGCACAUUCGGAAACUUCGAGAUGUGCAGCAUGUCAGUGCGCACGCAUUGCAGGCACCACAAGACUUGUCGGCACCAGGCUGCGCUGCACGGCCAGGGAGGUGGAGGACCGCAGGAAUCAGGGGAGGGGACGAACCAGGACUGUCUGCCCUUGUCCCUCCCUCCCCCCUGUGUCUCUUUGCAGCCAUUCACAAGACGACUGCAGUCCUCGUACCGAGCCAUUCAGCCAACCCUGAAAAUUGACGACAUUCGUUCGACGUCACGUUUGUCAAACCAUUUGAGCCAUGUACUCGACUCAAAUUUGACUUCACUCGUCUCGAAAGAAAAGGCGUAUCAGGACAUGUCUUCACAACGCCUCGUGACCUUUCGUCUUCAGCCACCACCAUUUUAUAUUGCCCGACUGCCUGGAUACAGCGAGGUCUUCGUGACGGCAAGUAUUUUCUUGAGGAACAAUUGCUUGUCAAUCGACUCCGCCAAGCUGGCACAGCACGAUAUCUCCAAAGAUCGCCCAGAAAUAACUGUCUCGGCCGCUCAUAGUAGCCAGCCUAUCACUCAGGGCGAGCCUGUCAAGCUCCAGACGUUUUCAUUCCGAAAAAUACCGUAUGGCGCCUUGAAUAUGAUGUAUAGGUGCUCCUCUGUUGCUACCUCCAUGAGAUAUUCCAGACAUUCACCGAUAUCCUACGGGGAAAAGUCCAUAACGGCCGUCCGAGACAAUUCGACUGUUUGCGGAGUGUUUUGGUCCAUUUGCUUUCUUAUUUUGAACGUCGCGCGGGAGCUCGGAAGGGACCAUACGGAUACCCACGCCAGCCUCCGCGAGCAUGCUCGCAUGUCUGAAAAGCUCUUUGGGUGGGUAGGGUUUGGGACGUUGCGGCGGUUAACUUUGACGGAACCGACUCACCGCCUCCACUGGAUCACGACUCAAGACUCGCCUUCACCGCCCGAAGGCGCUGCCGCGCGGCGUCUAGGCCGGUCUUUAAACCACCAACGAAGUGCGGGCGGUAAAGUUGGUUAUGGAGAUGUUUUGUUGGAACGGAUGAUGUACUGGCUUCACUUGAAGUGUUUACCGCGUGGCGAGCUUCGUCACGGUUCCAACGCGGACUCUGGUGUCGAGAUGUAA